AGCCAUCAGCGUACGGCCACACUCACAACCAACCAAAACAACGUGCUGCGAUUUUCGUUUUAUAAAUUAUAAAUAUACAAAAAACUACUUAUUCAAGAUGCCACAAGGGAAAUUCAAGAAAGCCAAGAUGCCGGCUGCCAUGCAAAAGAAGAAGCAAAAGCAAGCAGCAUUCACACGCCGUUCCAAUGCACCCAUUCAGGCUAAGAAGGGCAAAUUCAAUGAGACACAGAAGAUCAAGGCAGUAAUUUCAAAGUCUGUGAACAAGAGCGUAGAGAGUGAGCUGCGGUCCCGGGCCCACGAAGGCUACAUUCAACUGAGCAAAGCCCAGGAGGCUGUGGCCAAGCAUCACGCCUCACAGGCGGCAGCGGCAGCAGCAACCAGCACAAGCACGAGCGCAAGCAAACCUGUAGUAUAAUUUAGUUUAUAGUUAAAUAAUCUUUGUAUUUAGCA